AUGACAAAUCCGAAAAAAGAACUUACUGUUGCAUGUAGUUAUCUAUUACGAUUAAUGAAAGCACAUGUUAAAUUAUCACAAGAACAAAUCAAUAUUUUUAAACGAACUUUUUAUGAUAUAUUAUGUAAACGAUUUAUUGGACAUUGGUUUCCUGCAACACCACAUCGUGGAAGUGCAUAUAGAUGUUUACAAACAAAACAUUGGAAAGAUCCUAUUCUUAAAUCAAUUGCUGAACGUUCUCGUCUACCACUUCAUCAAUAUCUACCAGCCAUAUUCACUAUGUGGAUUGAUCCAGGUGAGGUAGCCAUAUGCUUUGGUGAUGAUGGUACAUGGUGUCCGUUAUAUAAACAUGAUAUAGAUGGUAAAAUACAACAAACAUAUAGUGAUGGAGAAGAAACAAUUUCAUCGUCAAUAUCUGAUGAUGAUUUAUUAAAUUUAACACAAAAUAUUAAAACAUUAAAUAUAAAUAAUAAACAUAUUUCAUCAAAUACAUUAGAUAAUCGUAUAUCAAAUUCUUCGUUGUUAAAUACAAUUUCAACAACAACAACAACUAUGAAUACACAGAUACAAAAUUUUAAUGAUUAUAAUUAUUCAAUGUCAAAUAUCAUAUCUUCUCAAACAAUGUCAAAUGAUUGGAAUGUACAACAAAAUAAUUUCCGAUCACAACAACAAUUAACAAUGUUAGAUGGAUUAUAUCAAGGAGGACAUUUUUGA